ACUAAUUGUUUGUAUUCUGUGACGAUGCUUUUACUAAAAUCCUUCAUGUUGGGAUGGUUUGCAUUCUGCAAUUUGGGAUUUCAAUCAUUAUAUGCUGAGUAUUUUAAUCUAUUUUUGAAACAACUUGGCUUCAAUCCGGGGCAGAUAGGAUUGACGACGAUGUUCGGACUUAUUUAUCUGGCAAUCCCGUUUUAUCUCUACUUCGGCGAGAAAUAUCGAGCGAGAAAGGUAUUGGUUGUAUUUAACAAUUGUAUGAUGUUUGUCGUGUGUCUUUUACCUCUUUUGUCAUUGAUUGUGCCAUCGCUGAAAACAAAAUGUGUGGUAUCGUCGGAUAUAACGAAUAAAUCAAUUCAGAAUUCGUCAGGGCGUUCUUCACUUCUAUAUACUGCAGAUUCAUUGUCAAAUCGUGCCUUAAACUUGAGACGUGUUGGUAAUAAUACUCAAUCGCAAACAAUAUCAUCUCAAAACCAAUCUGAAAGGUCAAUAUCUCUGUUGUCCCAUGUAAAUCGUUUGUCAUUAAAUCGACGGCAAAACUUGUCAAAAUCAAGUGAAACAAACCAAAUAAAAUACUCCCACUUACGGCGCAGUCAACCAAGUAUCAUAAGCAUUUUAUUUCUUUUGCUAACUAUUUCUAGAACAUUGACUUUACUUUCAUCUGUUGUGAAUAUAAGCUCGUUGAACUCCGCAAUAGUGACUUAUCUUCGUGAAAGUAAAGCAAAAAUCGGUUAUUAUUUGAUGUGGGGCCACGCUGGCGCAGCCUUCUUUAUUGCUAGUACUUCGUUAUUGGCAAAGUUGACUAAAGUACGAUUUUGCGAUACGAUAGAAAAUGGAUAUUUUGUAUCGUUUAUAGUCGGUGGUAUAUGUCUUUUAUUAUCGAUGUUUUCGCUACCUUGGUUUGAAUAUGAAUACAGUGAUGCGAGAUCGUUCAAAUGGUCAGGAGUUCGAAAUGAUAUUCUCAGCGUACAUUAUGGCUUCAUGUUUGCUUUGUUGCUUUUUCUGGGCAUGUGCACGUCAUUUCAAUUGUUCUGGGAAUUUUGGUACUUGGAUAGACUGUCUGCGACUCCAUUGCUACUGGGAACGGCGGCUUUAGUUCGAAGGCCUAUUCUUGUUUUAUCAGUAUGUUCUUCAAAACAUUUGAUCACAACCAUUGGUGAAUUGAAAACAUUAUGUAUUUCGCUAUUAUUCUAUGCGUGUUCCUAUCUAGCUCUUGCAUUUGUUCGUAAAGCAUGGUUGGUUAUAGCUAUCGACACGAUACAAGCGACUGCAUAUGGAUUUUGUCACUCAGCGUUUGUCGUACAUUUCUCAAAAGCUGCAUCAAAAGAGAACUCCAAUAUGAUUAUAGGUUUACAAGAAACUACUUGGGCCAUUGGAUAUGACGGUGGAGCUACUUUAAUGGGAAUAUUGUUUCAUCUCUUUGGAACUCAGAUGACAUUUGUUUUAUAUUCAUCAGCAUCAGGCGUUUUGGUUUUUAUUUUAAUGUUGUAUAUUUACCAUACAAAAUCCUUUAAUGAUUAUAAAGAGGUAGACCAAGGUGGCGUCGACGAAUAAUUGAGUAUAUAUAUAUAUAUAUAUAUAUAUAUAAAGUAAUACAAAUUUUGCGCAACAUGGUCUGUUUCGAUGGAAUGGGGAGAGUUAUCGUUUGUUUAUACAAUUUAAGUGAUUUAUUGGGCCGCCUAUGGUAAUACCUGAAACUUGUUUUUUGACAGUGUUCAUUAAAUCGAUUUUUUAUCGACAAAUAUCUGCAUAAAAUUUAAAACAAAUCAAUGACUCUAACGCCAUUUGUUACCGUAAAAUUGACGGUGAAAACAUAGACAAAAUGUUAUUAAAAAAGAUCGAUUAAUUUAUCUUUUUAAUGAUGUUUUUAAAAAGCUAUUUUAUGAUAAAUAUUGCUUGGAAAUUGCUCAAAAUUGCUUGGAAACAUUGCAAUUCGUGCACGUGCUUGCCACGCAUGCAAAUUGUAGUUUCUCCAUAACUUUCCCGGAGUUUCUACAUCUUUAUAGAAACUUCGUUAAAUGUAGCAGUCCAAAAUUUGAGCAAGCGAUUUUAAAUAUGAAGGAUCAUAGAGAAAUAAAAAUUAUUAUAAAGAUGAAAAUUAUAUUUCCAUUAUGAGAUAUAUGUUGUGUCACUUGGGCAACACAGCAAAAUACUUUCAACCAUCGUAUCGUCCUUGAUUUAGUGGGAAUUUGGACAGUAUCAGAAUGAUACACGAAUAAACUACAACCUAGUUUACUACGAUGCA